AGCUUCCUGCAACUAGGAGGGAAUGAGCGCCUCACUCUGCCCAGGGCUUGAAAAGCUGUUGCUCACAGCUGCCCGCCCAUAGCCAUGACACACUUCUUGUACUUGACUCCAGAAAUCCCGCUUCCCUUUAGCCCUCUCACUUCUACAGAGUUCGAGCUGAUCAGACGCAAGGCCCAACAACUGUGGCAGGAUGAGACACGGUGGUCUGCUUCUUCCACGACAACCUAUUCAGGGAGUUACCGGGAAAAGCAGCUGGACGAGGCCACCUGCAAACGGCUGGCCCAGAGAGUAGGCCAGCCACAGUUUGAGUACAAACCAACACCAUUGCCAGGCAGCUCUGCCUACCACACUCUACCCGGCCACGCUGGUUCCCAAGACGCUGCAGAUGGCAAAGGAAGACUCCCUGAUAUAGCAAGCCCCUCCAGGGACAGCCCACUGAACAUCAAGCACAAAGUGACCUGCUUUAAACCAGGCCUAGUGGGACAUGCUGUGAUCUCAGCACUCAAGGGAGCCCAAGUCAGGAGGAUCACAAGUUCAAGGGCUCAUCAGAUUUGGGGUUCUGAAGUCCCUUGUCCAACAUUUCUAGCUUACAGAGGCCUCCGUAUGUCCCCCAGUAUGCAGCCCAAAAAGCCAGGCUUUGAGCUCCUCAUGAGUUACAGGAACAGAGGGAAGGCCCUGCUGAAACGGCUUCAGCGACAAUGGGAUUAUGAAAGCAAGUUGGGCUCCUCGGAGGACUCAGGGACGGAUCGAUUCUCCUCCAAUACCAGUGGAAGCUCAGGGCGCAAAUUCAAGUGAUUUCAAGAAAGAAGCCACAGACCCAGAGCCGUACCUAGUGUCUGUGUUAAGCCAUUGAGACAGGAGAUCCAAGAAGGCUUUGAUGGAUUGUGCACAUAGGGAAGAUCUUGCUAGAAACUUCCCUGGGCUUCCUCCCUUAUUCUUGUCUGUGUGUGUGUGUGUGUGCACACGCACACACGCACGUGCGUUGAUGGGGAAGGGGUUUGUCAUAAACAUGAUUAAUGUUC